UAGAAAUGUUAACCUACCUGGAGCUAAAAUGUUUUUAUUUUCAUAAGUGAGCAGAAAUCUAUAUUGUGAGGCUGAAGAAUGUUUGGUUCACUAACUAGUCAUUCAAAUACUAAAAUGAGCGUGGACAGAGGCCUUGCUAUUGAACUGGCUGAUUUAAGCCUGAAGAAGCCAGAUGAAUCUGCUUCACUGGGACAGAGUUACAUGGGGAAUGAGUCCAUGUGUCCUCGGUUAACCCUGAAAGAGAAACACAGGUUGAUUAAUCAUGAGGACUCUGACUUCUCUCUGCCCAGCGGUUUGUCAAUGAAAAGCGAGCAGUCAAUGCGUAAUCCUUUCAACUACAGCGGAGAAGCAAUCCCUACAGAACUAAAAAUGUUUUUUUUUUUUAUUCUGUGGAACACCAAAGAAGACAUUCUGAAGAAUGUUUAAACUGCAAGUCUUUUCAACACAACAAAAGCAGACAGAAACCAGCCCAGUCUCCUAAAAAAAAAAAAAAAAGGAGAAAACUUUUUAACAACUUGGUGAUUUUGUAUCAGUCUGUAUAACUUGAUUCAUAAAAAUAUGUAUUAUUUAAAAAAAUAAAUAAGUAAAUACAAUAAACAUGAAAAUCAACUUAUAAACCUAACACUCAGUAGUGGGGUAUAAGCAAAUCAUACCAAAAAAAAAAAAAAAAAUGUUUGAAUGAGUUCAUACAAUUUUGCUACCAAUUUAAAAAAAAAAAAAAAAAAUUGAGACCUUGUCAUAAAUGGAAAAUUGCACAACCCUGGUUUGAAUAUUGGGGUAACCUGGUUAUUUCUGCAUUUUUUCAAGUGCCGCUUACUGUAUGCUUAACAGCAUUUUUCAAAACCAUCUUGAGCCUAAGCUGACUGUAGAGACCAAUGGCUUGUUCCACUGGUUUCUACAGUGUACUUAGGCUUAAGGUACUUUAUUUUUAUUUAUUUUUUUAUCAUGAUUGCAUAUGCACUUUAUUCAGCCCACAACAUAUGCGCUUUGACAGAAACAUAUGAAUGUAUAUAUUUAUUUAUUUAUUUAUUUAUAGCUUGAACAAGCCAAAUAAUACUGCUUUACCAGGACCAAGUCAUGUGUCUCUGGGGAAUCCAUCUAUGUCUUCCCCGUUAUCCCUUCAGGAAGAAACCCCUGAACGCAAGUUGGUUGAGUUUAAGCAGUCGAUGGAUUAUCCUGUCGACUUCAGCAGAGAAUCACUCCGUACAGAACUGAAAAUUCAGCAGAAGGAAUCAAGGUCAAACGUUCUAAAUGAAGAUCUGAUGGGGACAUAUCAGUAUAAGAGGAUGCUGAGGAACAGGUGUCAGUGUAUAUUUGAGGGGAAUGAAGAGCACAGCGGCCCCUCUCUGCUUAACAACAUUUAUACAGAGCUCUAUAUCACUGAUGGUGGAAGCAGUGAGCACACCAGUGAACAUGAAAUCAGGCAGAUCGAGACAGCAUCUAAACAUCCAGCCACAUGGGACGCACCAAUCAAGGCUAAUGAUAUCUUUAAAGCUUCUCCCGAAUCUGCUAAACAAAUCCGAACUGUGCUAACCAAAGGAAUCGCUGGCAUCGGGAAAACAGUGUCUGUGCAGAAGUUCACACUGGACUGGGUUGAGGAAAGAGCCAACCAGGACGUCUGCAUGAUAUUUCCACUCCCUUUUCGUGAAAUGAAUGGAAUUAAAGAAAAGAAAAUUAGUCUGAUACACAUUCUUGAGUGCUUCUUCAAUCUAAAAACAAAUCCAGAAGUGUUACACUCAAAUAAAUACAAGGUAGUCUUUAUCUUGGAUGGACUUGAUGAAUGUCGGUUUCCUCUGGAUUUCCAAAACCACAGGAGCUGCUCCAGUGUGACAGAAUCCGUCUCAGUCGGUGUCCUACUGACAAACCUUAUCUGUAAGAACUUGCUUCCUUCUGCUUUAGUCUGGAUAACCUCACGGCCAGCUGCAGCAGGUCAAAUACCGCCUGACCUCAUUGACCGUGUGACCGAGGUACGAGGUUUCAAUGACUCCCACAAGGAAGAGUACUUCAAGAAAAAAAUAAGUGAUCCAGACUUGUCCUCCAGGAUAAUCUCACAAUUGAAGUCUUCAAAGGUCCUUCACAUCAUGUGCCACAUCCCAGUGUUCUGUUGGAUAUCAGCUACAGUUCUCGAAAGAAUAUUUCGUGAUUCGGAGAGUGGUGAAAUUCCCAAGACCCUCACGCAAAUGUACACACACUUCCUGAUGUUCCAGAUCAAGCAUGGGAGUCAUAAAUACGAUGAUAAUUCCAAAGCCCGUUUGAAGUGGGAUAACCAGACCACAUUGUUGCUUGGAAAGCUGGCAUUCCAACAGCUUGAAAUGGGUAAUUUAUUGUUCUAUGAAGAAGAUUUGAGGGAAUGUGGCAUUGAACUCGAUGUUGCAUUGGUUUAUUCAGGAGUUUGUACCCAAAUCUUCAGAGAAGAGUCAGGUCUGCUUCAGGAGAGGGUCUUCAGUUUCAUACAUGCAAGUAUACAGGAGUUUCUGGCUGCUUUGUAUGCAUUUCUUAUGUUUGUCAACUAUAAAAGAAAUGUCCUCAGUCAGACGACAAAUGCUAAAAUCAUAAGUACUUUCAAAAAAACCCCAAUGCAUGCAUUUCUGAAGUGUGCUGUGGAUAAUGCUUUAGCAAGCGACAAUGGACAUUUGGACCUUUUCCUUCGCUUCUUGUUGGGACUGUCCCUUGAGUCCAACCAGGCUCUUCUUCAGGGACUCCUGACUGAGGUGUUAAGCGAUACUCAAAGCAGCAUGAAAACGACUGAAUAUGUCAAGGAAAAAAUCAGGGACCACCCUUCAGCGGAGAAGGCAGUAAGUCUUUUCCAUUGCCUAAGUGAGCUGAAAGAUGAUUCUUUGGUUGAGGAAGUGCAGGACUUCAUAAAUUCACAUGGUUUUAGUGGUGGAACACUGUCUCCUUCACGCUUUUCUGCUUUGGCUUACAUACUGCUGACAUCUGCUGAAGAACUGGAUGUGUUUGACUUGUCAAAGCUCAUUCAUCCGAGCAUGACCUCAAAUGAGGGACUGUUGAGAUUGCUGCCAGUCAUCAAAACAUCCCGAUCAGUCAUUUUGAGGUGUUGUAAUGUGACAGAUAAAGGCUGUUCAGGCCUGGCCUCUGUUCUUAGUUCAAGUCUCUCAUGUCUGAGAGAACUGGAUUUGACUUCCAACAAUCUUCAGGAUGCAGGAGUAAAACAACUUGCUGCCGGACUGGGGAAUCCUCAGUGUAAACUAGAGACUCUGAGACUUUUCAACUGCAGAAUCGGUGAAAACGGCUGUGCUUCUUUGGCCUCAGCUUUGAGGUCAAACCCAGCUCACUUAAUUGAGCUUGAUAUGACGCACAACAUGCCGCAUGAUACAGGUGUGAAAAUGCUUUCUGAUGUGCUAACAGAUAAGAGCUGUAAACUGGAAACACUAAGGUUGAUGGCCUGUGAACUUACCAGGAAAAGUUGUGCGGCACUGGCCCAAGCGCUUCAGUCCACAUCUACAAGCCUGAAACAUUUAGAUUUAAGUUUGAAUGACCUCCAGGAUUCAGGAGUGGAACUGCUCUGCAGUGGUCUAAAGAGCCCUUCCUGCAAGCUUGAGACACUGAGUCUAUCAGACUGUAAAAUUACAGCCAAUGGAUGUUCUGCAUUGUCACCUGCUUUAAAGUCAAACCCAUCACACAUGAGAGAGUUGGACCUCAGCAUUAAUAACCUGACAGACUCAGGAGUGAAGCAUCUGCUCCCUGUGUUUGAAGACCCAUGUGUGCAUCUAGAGAGAUUAUGGCUGAAUAAUUGCAAUCUCACACAUGAAAGCUGUCGGAUGAUGGGUUAUGUAAGCAAAGCAGAACACUCAGGUCUGAGAGAGCUGAACCUCAGUGCUAAUGCAAUUCUGGAUUCGGGUUUGAAGCAGCUUUCAGUGGCACUGAGACAUCUUCUGUCAGGACUGCAGUCACUGAGUGUAACAUACUGUGGGCUUACGGCAGAUGGGUGUGCUGUUCUGGCAUCAGCUCUCAGCUCUAACCAGACACAGCUAAAAGCACUGGAUCUCAGAGGAAAUAAACUGACGGAUUCAGGAGUGAAGCUGCUCUCACAUCUGCUGGAGGAUCCACAAAGUAAAUUAGAAGAAUUCGAAUUUAUGGAUGGAAUAAUAUCUGAAAAUCAGGCACCUAUGGAUGACUCCCACAAACAGUAUGCUCUACCUGAAAAUCAAAGAAAAUCAAAAAAAACAAAUACAAAAGACAUGUGUGUAUGCUUUUAAGAAAAUAUGUGACUACAUUAUUAGUUCAUUAAGUGCCUUGAGUCAGAAAGGUUUGCUCCCAGCUGUGUUACACCAAUCCAGUCAAGCAGACCUGAUCUAUAGAGCUAUAUUAGAUCACAACUGUGACGUCUCAGUCUCAGUGUUGUUCGUCAUCUGAAUUAUUCAAACCAACAAAGAAAGGACAUCAUGGAAACUACUACAUUGAAAUGGCCUGGAACAUCUGUAUGGUAUACGAAGCAUGUGCGUGACAUGGCAUCAUGGGUACAGAAUUAAUCAUGCAUAGUUUCGUUCUUGAGCAGGAACAGUAUUCAAAAAAGAUUUAGAGUUGUGGUACAAGGGAAACUAUGAGGAAUGGCAGGUUUGCUGGGUUAGUCAGAAGUGGUGUUAUGUAAAUAUAGAUCCAAAUCUGCUGCAUUGUAAAAACGUUUUGUAAAAACUUUAUUGUACAUAUAUUGUAUAUAAACAAAUUUAUAGUAGAUUUAAUUGAUAUUAUUAUAGUUCCAAUGUUUUGGUAUUGACAGCUGCUAAAUAUGUUGACUUGGCAAAGUGUGAAUAUUUAUACAGUAUUUACUGUGAACUACUACCUCUUCUGAGAACAUGUAUCAUCUGUCUUUUCAUAUCUCCAUCCAGUAAUCCCAUAGAAACCAUCUAGCAACAGCCUAGCAAAGUUGUUAAGUCUUACAUGCCUAGCAAUGACUCAAAACACCUUAAUAACCACCAAGAUCUGUUCAAACUAUUAAAAAAUGUCUUUAAAACGCUGAAUUCAGUCACUUAUCAGUCAACAAAAGUAUUCGAGCUACAUAAAACAUGUAAGAUUUCAUAUUUCGAUCUAAUAUUAAAUCAAGCUUACACUAAAAUGUUAUCAGGCAAUGCUUUGUCAAGUCAGCAUCAAAGUUUGUCUUCACAUACAGUCCUUUUGUAGUUUUAUUAAUAACUGUCAAUGUAUUCAUCAAAAUAAUGAUAAUUGUAGACUGAUGCAUCUAGGUUUACAAAAUAAUCAAACUCACAAUAAUGAUGCAAGUCUCUGUAUGGACAGUAGAGGGCAGUACAUGAUCUUUAUGGAAUUUUAUUUUAAUAAUCUUUGGCAAGAUAUUGUAUGUCAUACCUGACUUUGUUUCUCUCACAUUGUUUUUUUCCCCCUAAUGUUGACAUUUGUCUAAUGAAGAAUGUAACUUAUUGGAGUCCAUAACACAGAAAAAAACAAACUAGCAUUAUCAAAUGUUUUAUUUGAAUGUUUAUUUAUGAAAUAAGAAUGGGGCAUCAUUAAUAGAUUAUUACAGCAUAUCUUCACAUUGUAUUGAUAUUCAGAGUUCUUUUCAAGUCUUUCUCUGGUUGGUCAUAACAAACCGUUCUCCACACAGUUUCUAAUAUGGAAACUGUAAUUAUAAAACUGAACUUUGGUCAAAAUUUGGGCCUUUUUGUUUUGGAUAUUGCAUUGACGUCUUGGGUAUCUUGAUAAUAAUCAACGUUUUUAAAUAAAUCCGUUCUUGCAUUGAUAAGUGCUACACUUGAGUUAUUUGUGAGUGCAUUUAAUGCCAAACUACACUGGUUUAACAGCACCUGCAUGCAUCUCAUUCACAAAACCUUUAAGUAACUGCACAAGAAAAGUGUUCGUAAAAGAAAGUAAUGAAAAAUGCAACAAUAGAACAUAGUAAAUUUGGCAUAACACAAAUAAAUGCUCCAUUAAGGCAAACUUUAUUUCUAAAACAAACAAUCUACAAAAUAAGUAUUUCAUUUAAAAUACUGCUCAUGCAAACAUGAUGCAGGCAAUAUUAAACUGUGAAUUCAUAAUUAACAAAGGUAAACAAUAUCUGUUUAUAUGAGACGGGACUUCUAUAAGCCCACCUAAGUUUAUCUUAAAUUCUCACCAAAAUGACCCAGGACUAAAAUUCCUGCAGUUCAGCCAGUGCUGUACUAAAGAAAAAAAAUAACAUUAAACAACCUACAGCCAACUAACACGACCUCUAACCCUUUGAGGUGUAAUGAGCAGCUCAACUGAUCCUAACUAAGCAAACUGGCACCUGUCACCACUUUCACAAAUAAGGGUCAUCACACCUGAGAUUAAAUGCACAAUAUCUGUUACUUGUAAACAAUUCAUUUGCCAUGCAGUCAAAGUACUUUGUUUUAAAACCAACAAGAAGCUCUAAGCUACUUAGCUGCAGAUUUCUCAUUCAUGAAUUAUUAUAGUCAAUGUACAAAUAAUCUACAGAAGCGGUUCAGUUUAAUGUGACCAUAAAUGAGGAAGACUGCCUGAAUCCAUAUGGAAAAACUCUGGGAAAGUGUUCCCAUCCCACACACGGUUAAAUUUUGAUGCAUGUUUUCUGCAUGAUUUAUAGAGAUAAUACAGCAUAGAUGCAGCGUGAGUGGGUGUGAGCUUGACGUUGACACACUGUCAUGUUAAAUAAAUGAAGUCUUAGCUCUGUGCCUGUAUUUGAGUUAUUUUUUUUCCCCCGGGGUUGCUGGGGUAAAGGCUCGCUCGUGUAUUUUCUUGCUGAAAUAUGAAGGGUUUGAAGCAGAAGGAGCACAUCCGAGCUCUUGACACUGACUGGAGCGAUCUCAAGAGACACGUUAAGUGCUGUCGGUAGCUUUUUAUUUUUGUUACAGGCAGUUUAACCAGGCGUCACUGAGCAUUGUUUGCUUGAGAACUUCUGAUGGACUGAAUUGGAAAAAUUGAACAUUUUUAUAUAAUAUUGUUCUUGAUGAUCCAUGUGAUAUUUUGAAGAGAAUCUGAAGCCGUUUAAUUGGGUCAAUCUACAAUGGUGACAUCAUUUCCAGCUCAUCAAUUCUAAAUUAAACAUAU